AUGGCGGAGAUUCUCGUGAUCAGCGACGACGCUCACUUGUCGCGCCUCGACCACAAGCAACAGGAAAAAUGUACGUUGUCUCGUGACGAGAUAUUGUCAUCAGCCAUCAUGCCCAACGCUCUCUUCCACACGUGGAACGAGUGGUGGCGAUCCAUCACGCCCCGAUUCGAAGUCGAUAUAUCGUCUCCGACUGUCGUCACGAUGGCGAUGGGGAAGCAACCCGUGGAGAAAGCAGCACUUGGCCUUGGCUAA